AUGUGCCGAGAAGACGCAUGUAUGGCUGGCGUUCUUGCGCGCGCAUAUUUGCAAGCAGCAACAGACGAGUACAACAACCUUUUGAGGGACGCUCAGCUAGGCCCCGACUCAGACUACUGCACUGAUGUCGAGCAGAUCAAAACAAUCGCCGCCAAGUACAAGCUCAAAGCCUCUCCUGUGUCACCAAAAUCUGAGGCGCAGCAAUAUGUCGACAGCGUGCUGGAGGAGCCCUACACGGAAAACAUCAAGAACCUGCUCAAGCAAGUCCGCAGUGUGCUUGAUGAGAAAAAGACGCUGACGCCACAGGUGCCCUUGAAGGUUGCGGAAGGGUUCCUUCUGGAGCUUGACAAUGUGACACGCAAAGGGCUGUCCGAAGAGCAACGGCAGUUUCGACAAGAUUUGAAGUCAAGCGUAACCCCCAGCAGCGCUGCCAAGGAGAAGGAGAAGAACAAGGACUCGGCCCACAGAACAGUCUAUGCGCAGCCGUUCUCUGCCGAGCUCUUGUGCCGAGACUGGCACCUGCACAACGAGGGGUUUCAAGACGCAGUCGACGAGGGCACAAACACGGGCUUUUCUGGCGUGUUUUGCACGCCGGAGACGCGGUUCAACGACCGCAUGCAAGCGCCCCUCAUCAGGGCGUGUGGUGAUGCAAAAGUGGACGUCAAGAGUCACGCAUCAUUUGAGACUGACCCCGCUGUUGUCGCCGACUAUGUUGUGCGUCUGAUGUCAAACCUUGACUUCUACCCGCUGUUGAUUGAGCUCAAGACCGAUGGCAGCGAGCCGACGCAGGAUGCUGCCAAGGCGCAGGUGCUGGAGUACGCAUCACGGGCCAUCAAGUCUGCGGGGCCGCAGUGGCGUAAGUUGAAGGGGUAUUUGUUUCCCUUUGCCAUCACCGUCUGCAACGAUGAGGUGUCCGUGUACGCGUGCACGCUGGGCGAUGAGGUGCACGGCCGCGAGGCCUUUCCCAGCAUCCUCCACACAAAACUUGGCGACACCAAAUUGGAGAAACUCGGGAAUGUCAUUGAGUGGCUGCUUGACGAAGAGCACAUGGCGCAUUACGAGAAGAUUUCCGCCAUUGCCCAGGGAAAGGGGAGCGGUCUCACCUCCAUUCGGGAGCACGAAGACGACGAUGUGUCAUCCGCGGCUGACGGUGGUGCGAACAACACAAGUAGCAACGGCGGUAGCAGCGGCAGCGCUAAUGGGGAUGUGCAGAAUGAGGAAGAGCGCGACAAGGCAGCCACGCACACUGACACAGCAGCCAGAGGCAAGGACGGGCAGCAACAGCGUGCAGACACCGAAGCAGCACGGGCGAGGUCUGCCAAAGUUGCCACGAGAUACAAGAUGUGCGUCUACAAAGGCGGUAAAGAUACAGCAGCGGUUGCAAUGGUGAAUGGCAAGAUGCUGAAGGUGUGCGGCGGCCACCGCAUCAGUGCUGCUGAGGAGGCUGCCAGGGAAGUGAAGGGCUGGCAAUUGCUCUAUCCACACAAGAAGGUGGAAGUGUACGAACGGUCACGCCCCGUCUUUGCCUGUCCCGAUUUGUCACAGAAAAGAAGGAGCAAUCGCAAGAGCACCGACGGCAAGAAGGCGCUUCAUGGCACGGGUAUCAAGGACAAAGCGGGGCUUGCGGCCGCUGCUGAGUACCUCCUCCGCUUGUCGAAACGGGAUCUAUGCCACUGCGACAUACGCUCGCACAACAUCCUGCGCAACGGCUGCAUCGUCGACUUUGGUUUCCUGCGCGAGGCGGGUUCGCAGCUUCCCGAAUCUUAUUCCACGAAGCUGCGGGAGCGCCCUCGCAAGUGGCUGCUGCAUCACGACGCAGAAGCGAUUUCUGCAGACGUUGUUCUGGAUUGGGAAUCGCUGCUGUUUGCAUACGUAUUCUCCUCUACUUCUCUCUCCACCGCCAUGUACCGGUUGCUUGAGGGCAAGGCGUUCCUGUUGCAGUGGCUGGAGGCCAAGUUGGCCAAGUUGGACAAGAGCGACGACCAGACACCAGCACUGCAGGACAAGAGCGACGACGAUGACAAGAAGAAGGAGACAGCAGCACUGCAGGACAAGAGCGAUGAUGAGAAGAAGAAGGAGACAGCAGCACUGCAGGACAAGAGCGACGACGACAAGAAGAAGGAGACAGCAGCACUGCAGGACAAGAGCGAUGACGAGAAGAAGAAGGAGACAGCAGCACUGCAGGACAAGAGCGACGAUGACAAGAAGGAGACAGCAGCACUGCAGGACAAGAGCGACGAUGAGAAGAAGAAGGAGACAGCAGCACUGCAGGACAAGAGCGACGAUGAGAAGAAGGAGGAGACAGCAAAGCUGCUGCGCAACAUUAUGCAGCACAUUGCUUGCGCGUACUUCUGA